AUGGCAGCCGGCCAGAAAGUCGCCGAAGCGGCGCCGACCUCGCUAGAUUUCCCCCUGCAUCUAGACAUCGGUAGAGGACACACGGCCAAGUUCGAAGAGCACGACUACGCCGUUCUGACAAACCCUAUGCUAGAGUUUAACGCCCGUUGCUUGGGACUCGGUCUCAAGACCUCGAUCCGGCACGCCGACCCGCAGACAGUGAAGGAGUGGCACCGCGACGAGGCGAUCCGCGUGCUGAAGUUUUUCCGGACCGCUGUUCUGGCCGAGUUGCGGCGCGAGGGUAGGAAAUGGGAGUGGGCGAAGCCGUCCGAAGACGAGGUGCAGGAGAGGCUCGCGGACUGCGACGAACCCCUUCGAGAUAAAAUUCCCGAUACCGGCCGGGACUCGGACGCGGGCUCCGGCCUGCUAGCAAUGAGCGCGUUGAUCUGGGUUGUGAGGCGGUUCCAGCGCCUGACCGGCGACCUCCGUCGCAUUGCCACCAGCAUGGACAAGCCCACCGUCUCGGGGUUGAAGGCGCUGCGGAACGAGAUGGUAGCCCUCAUCAAGAAGCAAGUCCCGCUCAUACGGUCGGGGAAAACCGUUGUUGCUGCCGACGCCUGUGACGACGACGGCGAGGAAGUCCAUUCUGCAUCCGUACCAGUAGGGGUCGCCCCGAACGUCGCUGAUGCGCGUGGCAAGUCGGGAGUCGGCGUCGACGAGGCCGAUGCGGCCGCAGGAAAGGGGGUGACCGGGACUGAGGUUGUUCACGGGGAUGAUGAUGGGGUCCAGGAUCGCGAGGAGGAACGUGAGGGUGAGGGGGGCUCGGAGGAGUCGUCGGGGUCGAGGUCGGGGUCGGGAUCGGGCUCGGAGUCGGAGUCGGAGGAGGAGCAGGAGCAGGAGACGCAGGAGCACGAGAGGCAGCACCAGGAGGAGCAGUUGGUAGAGGUGGAGGACGUGGAAAUGGCGGAGGGGUACGUUGUCGGAGGAGCGGAGGGGUACGUUGUCGGAGGAGCGGAGGAAACGGGUGGGAGAUCGGCGGAUGUCGAGAACGACGAAGGGGAGGGGAAGGGUGCGACAGCGAAUAUCGGCGAGGUCUGCGUGGAGGCGGCUCACGGAGGUGGUGGCAUGGUCGAGGUCGGUGAAGGGGAUAACGCCGCGGUCCCGGAGCAGAGGGGCGUGGAUGUGCAUACCGAUGCCACCGCGGAGAAGGCCGGCGGGGAGCGGUCUAGGAGGAAGAAGGCGGCGAGCGGUCAUCCCGGUUCCACCGCGGCUGGGCGGCAGGCGCGGCUGGACGUCGUCGAUCAGCUGAGGGCGGAGAACAGGCGAUUGCGUGCAGACAAUGCACUCCUUGAACGGCGGCUCGGUGAGCAGACGGGGCGGGUCGACAGCUUAGCGGCGGCAUUAGCUGGGCUCCUCGAGAAGGUGAAGGGUUUGACCGCCUAG